GAGAAGGUGUGAUGGAAGUAAAUAUAACUUUUUGGAAAGGCUUGUUGAGGUUGCACGUUUACUAUCAAAGAUGGUUGAGCCAAUGUUGAAGGCAGCUGUAGAUAUAUCUGAACUGCUUUCUCAAUCAUUCUUCAUGGGAUUUUCACUGACAAUUUUGUCACUGCUUGCACGCCUUCGAGUCUUGAUUCAACAAAUACUCCUUGAUGUUGUUUGUGUAUACAACUCCGUUUCUUCUCUAUCUCAAAAGGAGCAGGCGAUUAAAAUAACCGAAGAAGGUUUUGAGGUAUUUAGGGAAUAUUAUCCUAUAAAGGAGCAAUUUAUCUCCUUAGAUUGCAUUUGGCAGACAGAUAAGUGUGUACUAGUUGAAAAAAAAUGAAUGAAGCUGAAUCCAAAGCCAAGGAAAGGAUGGCAGGGAAAGAUGUUUCGCAAGGGGCAUCUGCAGUACAGUAUCAGAGCAUUGAGGUUUUGCUUGGAGGUAAUUAAAGAUUAGGCCUCAGAGGAAAUUACUUCAGCUAUCUCUCUUCAUUUCUAUAACCAACGUUUAAGAAAUAUGAAGCAACGCUUCACAAUGUUUUGCUUUCAUAGAGUAGAGUACCUUUACUUCUUCAUGCCAAUCUUGUUACCAAAGGUAUCAAUCACCUUUAAAGAACUUAACGUUAUGCUUCUGGUUCUCCUAGAUUAUGAAACUGUUAAGGCACAUCCUGAAUCACAGAUGACAAUUUGUUUCACUUGUACUCCAUUAC